ACAUAGACACAAAGACACGAUUAUAACUCGACCCAAAACACUUAAGCACAAAAAACCGAUUUUAUGAUCUGAAUGAACACCACUAACCCUGAAUCGCGACUAACCCUGAAUCGCGAUCUAUAUUGCAAAACUUGACCCGAAUCGUUCAAAGCCCGAACCGACAAGGCCUUUGCACCGAAUAUCGAUUUUUAAAAUCAAAAAAGCAAUUGCCCGCCAUUUAUUAAAUCCAUCAUACCACAACUCAUCAAAACUCGUAAUUCACUCACCUUUACAGAAAGGGUUUCGGUUUUGGACUUUGGAGUAUUUGGUUUUUCCUCUUUUAUAAACCCUAAAUCCUUUAAUAAGUUCCUUGAAUUUUUUAAUUUUCCAUCUUAACAACGAUGAAUUCUCCAGUUCAGAUAAUCGAUGAUGAAGAAGAGGAUUUUGAUUGGGAAGCAGCAGUUCGAGAAAUCGAUGUUGCUUGUCAAAGUAGUUCAACAAAAGCACAAAGAAUUCCGCUUGUGAAGAAUGGGAGUAACCAUCAAUUGAACAAAGUUCAGAACAAUUGCCGUCAAUUGAAACUUGAUGAAUUUCUUAGUAACGGCGUUUCGAAAUCAUCUACGGUGAAUGAAGUUGGAGUUCGUGGUAAAGAUGAAGAAAUCAAGGUUCAAGAAAGGGGUUGUUAUGUCGAUAUUGAUCCUGAAGCUGCAAAAACUUGGAUUUAUCCAGAUAAUGUUCCUCGUCGUGAAUAUCAAGUUGCAAUUACUAAGACAGCUUUAUUUUCAAACACAUUGGUGGCGCUUCCUACAGGACUGGGAAAAACUCUCAUAGCUGCUGUUAUUAUGUUUAAUUAUUUUAGAUGGUUUCCUGAAGGAAAGGUAGUUUUUGCUGCUCCUUCGAGACCUUUGGUCAUGCAACAAAUAGAAGCUUGCCAUAAUAUUGUGGGUAUACCGCAGGAAUGGACAAUUGAUAUGACAGGUCUGAUAACUCCCUCUAAAAGAGUGUCCUUCUGGAAAUCUAAACGGGUUUUCUUUGUCACACCCCAAGUACUUGAAAAAGAUAUUCAAACAGGGGCAUGUCUGGUGAAAUAUUUGGUAUGCCUGGUGAUUGACGAGGCUCAUCGUGCAAUGGGAAACUACUCUUAUUGCGUGGCUGUUCGCGAGUUGUUGGCAGCUCCUGUUGAGAUGAGAAUUUUAGCUUUGACUGCCACGCCUGGGUCAAAAAAGGAAACGAUUCAGCAAGUAAUUGAUAACCUGCAAAUAUCAACACUAGAGUAUCGCAGUGAAAGUGAUGCUGAUGUAUGCCCUUAUGUGCAAAACAGGACAAUUGAAUUAAUUGAGGUUCCAUUGGGAAAAGAUGCUGAUGAGAUAAAUAACCUACUAACAGAGGUUAUGCGGCCAAUUGCUGGCAGGCUUUGUGCAAUGGGAGUGUUAACAGGCAGGGACUUUCAAACAUUGAGCCCUUGCGAUUUGCUGAAUUCCAGGGAUAAAUUUCGUCAAGCACCUCCACUAGAACUUUCCCAUGCAAAGUAUGGUGAAGUUGAAGGUUUCUUUGGUGUCCUUAUUACACUGUACCAUAUACGGAAGUUACUAACUAGUCAUGGGAUAAGACCAGCACAUGAGAUGCUGGAAGAAAAGUUGGGACAAGGGUAUUUUGCGAGACUUAUGAGUAGAAAUGAAGCCAUUCAGAGAGCAAAAAUCCUAAUGCAGAAGAGUUUGUCACAUGGUGCCCCCAGCCCAAAGCUGUCAAAAAUGAUAGAAAUUUUAGUAGAUCAUUUCAGAAAAAAUGAUCCACAGAAAUCAAGGGUAAUAAUUUUUUCGAAUUUUAGGGGAAGUGUCAGGGACAUAUUGGACUCAUUAGCUCACAUUGGGCAUCUAGUUAAAGCGACUCAGUUUAUUGGUCAAAGCUCAGGAAAAACAUUAAAAGGGCAGACACAAAAGGUCCAACAGGCCGUCUUAGAGAAGUUUCGUAUGGGUGGAUAUAACGUGAUUGUUGCUACAUCAAUCGGUGAAGAAGGACUUGACAUUAUGGAAGUUGAUCUUGUGAUAUGCUUUGAUGCAAAUAUCUCACCUCUAAGGAUGAUUCAGAGGAUGGGAAGAACUGGAAGGAAACGUGACGGCCGAGUUGUUGUUUUAGCAUGUGAGGGUACCGAGCUAAAAGGUUACAAGCGAAAGCAAGCAACAGGUAAGACUGUGAGGAAGCACUUGCAAAAUGGGGGCAUGAACGUAUUUAAUUUUCAUUGCAGCCCGAGGAUGGUUCCUCAUCUUUUUAAACCAGAAUUGCAGUUCGUUGAAAUAUCAAUAGAGAAGUUUGUUCGUCAAAUUAAAAAAGUUAAAGUUCAUUCUCCCCAACAAUUGAAGUUCAGGGAGAGGCUCUCUGAUGAUGAAGCUGCAUUGUUGGAGAAGUACUUUUUGCCUAGUGAGACAAUAAAACCAUCUCUUGUUGCCUUCCCUUAUUUCCAGGCAUAUCCCUCCAGGGUGCACAAAGUAAUGCAUUCAUCUCGAACUGGAUGGCUUAUUGACGCAAUGCAGCUUCUGCAAGGAUUGUCAUUCUCCGAUAAUGGUAGAAAAUUUGGUUGUGAUUUUUCUAGGAGAACCCAAUGCUUACAGGAGGGUGUUGAAAAUCACACUGAAAGUGGACAAGACGUAUCAUGUCCUGUCAAUCUCGUUGCUUCACAGAUAGAUAUUUCUGAGGCAGAGGUCAGCCCAUCUGACCGUUCAUUGGCUGAGGAGUACAUUCUUGAUUCCCCUGAUAGACAGCUUCAUAUAGAGGUCCCAAUUCCAGCAACAUCACCUCCUGACAAACAUAUGAUGCCCAGUUCCUCCAUCCAAGAUACAUGCAAUGUUCAUUUGGUUGAGAGGUAUGAUUCAUCAAGUGCCCAGAAGAUGCUUGGAGCUUCUGUAGAAGCUUCUGUAGAUGAUGUAAUUGUCCAUACUUCACCAUAUGACGAGAAAUAUCCCGAGGAAAGCAGUGACAGUGAGAUUGCAGAUGGGGAUCUCAAAUCUCCUGUCACACCGGCUGCACAAUGUCUGCCAAACAUUGCAAAUUCUGAUUUCAGUCCUCAUCUGACCAGUUUUAUGGAAAAUGGCUUUGUUCCCGAGUCUCCACUGAGUAAUGCUGGUGAAGAUAUCGUGUUAUCCAAAAGAGAUGAUGUUGAUUGGCAAAGUGGUGAAGGGAAAGAUGUGAAUCUUGUUUCAGAGCUAAUAUCGACUCCCAAGCCUUGUGCAAAUCUAUUAACUGAUGAUAAAAAAGUCUCUGCCAUUUCUUCCUCUCAGAGAAUGGCGGUCAAACCUUCUGUUGGAAAUGAAAUAUCAAUGGAGCCAUCUGAUAUUCAGUCUAAAUUGGGAGGGGCCCUUCAGUCCUCAUCUUCCCCUGAAUUUCGGACUCCUUUGCAAAAUUUAACUAAUAGUAGCUGCAGCAAAGACUGGCAAAUGAGUUCUCAAAAGAAGUCUGCAUCCAAUGAGCGGCCAUCGAGGUUAAAAAGGUUGCGCAGGAUCGGAGAUGUUUCCAGAGAGAGGUGGCAAAACCAUAUACAGAGGUCAGCCUGCUCUGUAGAAGUUGCAUUUGAAGUCACUGAUGUACAGCCUAAUGUUAUGAAGCAUACCAAAGUUAGAAAAUCAUUUAAAGAUGCUAGAGACUUUAUUGAUGAAGAAGCCGAGGUUUCUUCAGAAGGUGUGGCACCUGAUUCUGAAGAUGAGGGUGUUUGUGAGGAUAGUGAUGCUUAUGAAGAGAGUUUUAUAGACGACCAAUCUGAUUCAGCAAUUGGUAGUGGUCAAACAGAUAGUAAAUUGGAUAUGAUGGCAAUUUACAGGCGCUCGUUACUCACCCAAUCACCAUUUCAAGCACAGCAAAAGCAUUACAGUGUAGAUACUCCGGAGUCUUUGCCUUCUGGUGCCACAAUGGGAGUAGUCGGAGAAUGUUCUGGGAGGACUUGCUCUCUUGAAACUCCUCACAGUUGCUUGAAAUCUCCUAACAUCUUCACAAGAAACUUGGCAGAUUCUCACUUACAUCUGAUUCCAUGUGAAGCUAUACCAAGCAGCAGUAAAAAUGUUCAGUCAAACCUGACCAAUACAGAAAGCUGCAAUAGAAUAUUGAUCUCGAGCAGAGCUUUUAAUCUUCCUGCAAAAAACCUCGAGAAGGAAUUCUGCUCUGAUUCCGCGCUACCAAACAAAGAAACACUAUCAUCGUAUCAAACCAAUGGUAUUGAUACAGGAUGUGCUUCUUUUUUGGAUGAUCAGUUUUAUGAAGGUUUAGACCUUGAUGAAUUAGAGGCUCAAGCAACUAAACUUUUGAGUCAAAAAACAGGAUCCUCUGCACAAAAAAGAAGAUUCUCUGAACUCUCAGCAAAGAACAAAACUCUCUUCAGCUCUCCAUUAUUUGAUCUCGGAAUUUGAUCAUACAUUGCAACUACCUCUGCAUCUCUGGUUUCAGUUAAAUUAAACAUCAGCAUCAACAUUACAUGACUUGCUGUCAAAGAGAGCAAGGUUGCAUCAUCUAGAUGCUGAACGUGUGAUUCUUACCUAAGUUAUCGAAACUCAAUCCUGUUCGUUUUUGUGUAUAGUCUGUAUAGUCAGAAAAGAUAAUACUUGGUACAUGUGUAGAAUUUUGAUGUUAUAUCAUUUGAUUUUGUUAGGGAGACUUCCUGGUACAAUUGAAUAUCGAGUUUUUUCUCUAUUUCUUUGAGAUUGCUACUGAUAGUGCUGAUAGUGAUAUUUUACAUGUUGUGAGCAAAAAUGUCACUAUCUCAAGCCAAAAGGAUGGAGAAACACUGGUAUGUAAUAGCAUGUCUCACAACCAUGCUAGAGUAGAAAAAUGCUUGUUCUGGCUGAAUGGAGACAUUUUACUCGUCUCUUGUUUCCUUUUUUCUUGGCCUUUUUGUACUUGAUUAUGUGAAUUGAGACUUGAGAUCUCUAAUAUUAAGUUAAUGGUUGACGGAA